AUGUCCAAUCAAGUCCGCACAAUCAACCCUGCCACCCACGAGGUCGUGUUCGACCAUCCAGGCACGUCCCUCGCCGAAGCCGCCAAGAUCGCCACCGCCUCGAAGCAAGCCUUUGAAUCAUACCGCACCAUUUCCCUCGAUGAGAAGAAGAAAAUCGUCACUCGGGCGCUAGAGAUCAUUUCCUCUAGGAUCGAUGACCUGGCCAAGGAGAUCACCACACAAAUGGGGCGACCCAUCCGAUACUGCGCCGGUGAAAUCAAGACUGCCAUCCUUCGUUCGGAACACAUGAUCGAUAUUGCGGAGCAGAGCCUGGCGGAUUUGCCUGGUAAGCCAGAAGAAAAUUUCAAGCGCAUGGUCAAGCAUGUGCCUGUUGGCCCGGUGCUUAUUGCUGGAGCUUGGAACUACCCAUACUUGACGACCGUUAACGCUUUGGUGCCGGCACUUCUGGCGGGCAACUCGGUUAUUUUGCGCCCAUCGCCUCAGGUGCCUUUGUUUGGUAAUCGACUGCUUGAGAUCUUUACCGAGGCCGGUUUGCCGCAAAAUGUUCUCCAGGUUAUUCACAUUGGUAGCUUGGAUGUUCUCGAUCAAGUCGCUCAACUUCCCGAGAUUCAGUCUGUCUCUUUCACAGGAUCUACUGCCGGUGGUCUUCGACUUCGCGAGGCCACUGCCCGCCAGGUAAAGCCUGUUCACCUGGAGCUUGGCGGAAAGGAUCCGGCUUAUGUGCGUCCGGAUGUCGAUGUGAAGGAUGUAGCAGAGAACCUUGUCGACGGUGCUGUGUUCAACUCUGGGCAGAGCUGCUGCUCUGUUGAGCGUGUCUAUGUUCACGAGAAGGUCUAUGAUGCUUUCUUGGCUGCCGUUCAAGAGGAGCUCAAGUCAUACAAACUCGGCGACCCCCAGGAUUCGACUACCACUACCGGCCCUGUCAUUUCUGCUUUUGCCAAGGAGAAGAUCCAGUCACACAUCGAUGACGCCCUAUCCAAGGGUGCUGUCGACUCGACCCCGGAGAACAAUACCUUCUCUGUGGCCAAGACGAGCGACAAGGGCAACUGGCUUGCCCCGGUCGUCCUGACCAAUGUUGACCACACCAUGAUUACCAUGAAGGAGGAGACAUUUGGUCCAGUCAUGCCGAUCAUGAAAGUGGCCAGUGACGACGAGGCUGUUCAAUUGAUGAACGAUAGUGAUUACGGUUUGACUGCCAGCGUGUGGACAAAGGAUAUCGCCGCGGGUGAGGAGUUGAUUGAUCGAAUCGAAGCUGGCACCGUGUUUAUCAACCGCUGUGACUACCCUGCUCCCGAUCUCGCAUGGACCGGCUGGAAAAUGUCCGGUCUUGGUUGCACUCUUGGACCUCGAGCAUACGAUGGAUUCACGAAGCUGAAGAGCUACCACAUUAAGGGCGUUUCUGCUUAA